CCGCUACGGAGAGAGAGAGAGAGAGAGAGAGAGAGAGAACAAUUUUAGAGAGAGAAAGAGCGAAACGUCUCAUAUAGAGGAGGAAGAGGAAGUGAUCGUCUUCUUGAAUAAGUGUUAUAUUGUAAAUGACGAAAAUUGACUACGUAACGACAAGUAACGUGUUUGUCAUGAAGGCAUCAACCCUGGCCGCCCGAUCAAAAUCAGACGACGAUUGAAACGCCAAAGCCGGCCGGGGAGAAAUUGGUUGCUGCACCAGGUGUAGGUUUAUUUUGGGCAAAAGAGGAGCGAAGUGGGGACGAAGAGGAUGUAGCUUUCCCCCUUCGUUUCAUCUCCCUCUCGAAUCGGGAUUCAGGGUCCCGAAGAGAGAGAGGAGAGAGGGGGGAGGUUUAGAGAAAGAAAGAGAGAGAGAUGAGCUGCUUCCCCUGCAGCUCCCGCCCCCGCCACCUUCGCCGGAGGCUCGGCGGCGACGGCGCAGCUGUUCCCCAGCCGGUCAUCGACUCCCUUGAGCUCGGAACAGAUGCCCUUUCUCCCGAUGUUGAAGGCCAUGGCGCGCACAGAUUCACCUUGCGGCAGCUUGCAGUAGCUACCCACAAUUUCCACGAGGCUAAUUUGAUCGGCGAGGGGGGUUUUGGGAGGGUCUACAAGGGGCAGUUGGAAUCGGGCCAGGUUGUGGCGAUAAAGCAGCUCAAUCGGGAUGGGCAGCAGGGGAACCAGGAGUUUCUUGUUGAGUGUUUGAUGUUGUUAAUGCUGCACCACACAAAUCUCGUUAGUUUGAUCGGAUAUUGUGCGCAAGGAGAGGAGAGGCUCUUGGUUUAUGAGUAUAUGUCGAAGGGUAGCUUGGAACGCCACUUGUUUAAUUUGCCUCACGAUAAAGAGCCUCUCGAUUGGAACACACGGAUCAAGAUCGCCUCUGGUGCUGCGAAAGGCCUCACCUACUUGCAUGAGGUUGUUAACCCGCCGGUUAUUUACCGAGACUUGAAAUCUUCGAACAUUUUAUUGGACGACGACUUCAACCCUAAGCUCUCUGACUUCGGAUUAGCCAAAGUCGGGCCUAUUGGCGACAACACUCACGUUUCAACGAGAGUAAUGGGAACAUACGGCUACUGUGCUCCCGAUUACAUUAUGAGUGGCAAACUGAAUGUCAAGUCCGAUGUAUAUAGCUUUGGUGUGGUUCUGUUGGAACUGAUCACUGGAAGGAAGGCAUUUGACAUGUCCAGAAAGUUUGGGGAGCAGAAAUUAAUAGUUUGGUCGCGUCCUUUUCUCAACGACCGCAGAAGUUUCAUGCACCUUGCGGAUCCAUUGCUGCAAGGGCGCUUCCCACGCCGCGCCUUCUACCAGCUAGCUGUCGUUACCUCAUUGUGUCUGCACGAACAGCCCCAUCUCCGCCCUGCAAUGAGCGACGUGAGCACUGCCCUCGAUCACAUUGCGUCUCAGCCCUACAUUUCAGAGGCCGACCGUAAAAACAGCACCUCCCAUUGUUCAGUGCCUCCCCGACAGGAGGGCUCCGAUGAUUUCAAUAAAGAUGAGGAGGAUCACAAAGAGGGCUAACACCUAUUUCUUGGUUCCAGGUAAGAAUCAAAUACGAGGCGAGUGUAACUACGAAGGGUUUCAUUGGGGUGAUUCUCUAUGGUUGGAUCUUUGCAACUUCGAAGAUUUUUAUCAACUUGAAGAAGGAAAAUGUGCUAAUUGAUUCAACCAAAUUCAGAUACAAUGUUAUGUUUGUUUUCUUGGUAAAAAGCCGGAAAACAAAAUUAUUGUCCUUUUUUGUUUGCUUGUAGAUCAGAAGCAUGUAGUAUCAUUAGCUCUAGUGGCUCUGAAGUCUGCUAAUUGCCUUCUUCAGAUUAUCACAAUUUAUCAGCAACUCAGGAAUCAGUUGAAAAUCUUGCUAAGAUUAUUAUUAUUAUUGUUUCUUGUCCUGUUAUUUUAAGGGGUCAUUAUAGUU